ACGCUAACAUAUUGAUCGUUUUAUAUGAUGAGCGCUCCGACUGCUUCGUACACUUUUAAUCGUGUCUCAUGUAUCCCAUCUUUGGAUACUAUACAAAAAUCUUUGCUCUACCAUAGUACCAAUAAUAACAGUAACCACAAUGACAACAACAACAACAGCAAUAUUGUUACUUCUGCCACUUAUUAUUAUCUUCCACAAAAUAUAAAUAGCGAUUAUGCUCUACUAUCGCAGUCUAAAACCACCUCUGAGGAGGCAUUACUGCUGGAGAAAGCGUUACGUACAGAUCAUCAUAAUGGUCGCUCCGGUGUGGGUAUAUUAAUGCAUAAGAGCAAUAGUUACAGCGGUGCCAUCAUUAAGCCCAAAUCCACUAUUUUUAACCAGGGCAGUAUUAAUAGUCGUGUUAAUACCAGUCUUACUACAAAGAGUGUCACCGAAUAUAGUGGAAUUGUUUUAAUGCCAAAAACAAGUUGAUCAACACCAGGUGC